AUGUCUGAAGAAGUUGAUAUGAAUGUUAAAAAUAAGGAAGAUGCUAGCGUUAAAGUAAAACACGUUGAUUGCUCUGAUGCCUUUAAUACUUCUCAGUUGUUUGUUAGCCGUGAUGAAGUUUUACAAUGGUCUCAAUCGUUGGCUCAUGACAUUGGAUUUGUUGCCGUUAUAAUGAGGUACAAACUGUCGUUGCUUGAUAUUGUUGGUGUUACACCAACAAGAAUGACAUUCUCCGCUGCUUUUGCUUACUUGGAAGAAGAACUGAAAACUGUAUUCUCGGAUGCUACGAACUUGCUGUGUCGGUUCCACAUUGACAAGAAUGUGAAGGCAAAGUGCAAAACUUUGGUUUCUCAAAAGAAUGCAUGGGAUUAUGUGAUGGAGGAUUCUAUUGAAAACAUUAUUGAUGUCAAAGCGGAUGGUAAUUGUGGUUAUCGGGCAAUAACUACAUUAUUGGGUAUGGGUGAAGAAUUGUGGUCAUUGGUGCGCAACCAUCUGCAUAAAGAACUGACAAGCUGGUCCGAAGAGUAUAUCCACCUGGUUGGUGGCAUAGAGAAAUUUGAGGAAUUAAAGUGUUCCCUACUUGUUGAUGGAUUAUCUAUAGUUACCAUGGACAAGUGGAUGAAUAUUAUAGAUAUGGGAUAUGUCAUUGCUUCACGAUACAGCGUGAUCAUUGUUUCUCUUUUACAACAACAAAGCAUGACAUUUUUUCUCUGA